AUUCCAACAGGCCUUUCUUGGCGCCAUGGCACCAUCCAAAUGGGAUGCAGAGCAAGAGAGACAGCGCGAUAUGCUUCGAGAACACUGGCUGAGGUACUUCUGCGAAGUGGAUGCCGAGCGCAAGCAGCUGUUGCAAUGGCUCCUGGGGGAAGGACUCACUCGUCCCAGUGGUUUUGAGGCUCGCCUGAGCCAUGCAGAGAGGCUGAGGCAACUGGGCAACGAGUGGUAUCGGAAGCAAGAUUAUCGGCGAGCUCUUCAUUGUGGUCUAGGUGCGAUACAUACCAUUGACUUCAGCCCUCAACAACAGUUGUCGAUGGAUGAGGAACAGAGGUUAGCCUUGGUGAGUCUGUUGCUGCCCAUUCUAAGCAAUCUGUCGCAAGUCUUCUUGAAUCGCGGCGAUGUCAUCAGCACUAUGAAGGCAUCCACCCUGGGACUUCGACAUGUGGACAAGUUGAAGAACCCUGAGGAGGUCGACACCUUCAAGGCAAAGCUGCGCUUCCGUCGGGCCAUGGCGCGGGGUGAACCCGGACCGGAACAGGAUCUGGAGGCGGCUCUGGAAGACUUGCGCGACGCCGCGCAUCGCAUGCCAAGAGACAAGCAGAUUCGGACGUGUUUGGAAAACUGCAAGGAUCUCUUGAGGGAAGCACGAGGAAAAGCGCAUGGUAAAGGCUCCGCACCCGAAGGAGAUCAAUCAGAGAACCCGGCUGAGUCGGCCGAGAAAGAGGAUGAACUGUCACCUGCACUAGAGACAAUGGCAGCCUGUGUGGGUAAAUGUUUGGGCAAGUUGAAGCGUUGCCGGCGACGGUGCCAGCGCUCUUCUGGCUCCGCAACCGGACAGAUCGACGCGAAGAAACGCGAGUGAAAAAAA